AGACUUUACUGGGGACAAAUAUAAUUUUAGUUUGCAGCGUGCAGUUGCCGGUAAACGUUGCUCGGUGCAGUAAGAAAUUUAUCGAAACAGACACUUAGCCUAUUAGAGCCUCAGAAGGAACCAUGAUUUUCGAGGACAAAGUGAUUUUGAUCACAGGAGCUGGUUCUGGAAUCGGAGCAGAUGCCAGUCGUCAUUUGGCUAAAUUAGGUGGAAAAAUUGCUUUGGUCGACUGUCACGAGAAAAAUGUGUUGGACGUGGCCGAACAGAUAAAAAAAGCUGGAAGUCCAACCCCACUAGUGAUUGUAGCAGAUGUUGCAGUUGAUGCUAAGCGCAUCAUAAAUGAGACGAUCAAACAUUUCCAAAAAUUGAACGUUUUAAUUAACAACGCCGGGAUCGCCCAUUUUGAUGACGUGACCACUUUUGAGAUGGAUAAAUUCGAUCGUCUUUUUGCUGUUAACGUAAAGGGUGUUAUCGAGCUGACCCAAUUAGCUGUCCCAUUUUUGAAGCAAACAAAAGGAAACAUCAUUAAUACAGCCAGUGUGGCGGCACUGAUGUGUGAAUCAAACAUUUUGUCAUACUCCAUUUCAAAGGCAGCAGUCAAUCAAUUCACAAAAAACAUUGCGCUCGAUUUGGCACCAUUCGGUAUCCGGGCAAAUUCAAUAAAUCCGGGCGUAAUAAGGACUCCUUUGGUCGGCAGCUCAAUGGGAUUGUCACCUGAGAAAAUGAAAUUAUUGUUUCAAGCGUUGAAGGCAAGUCAUCCGGUUGGUCGUACUGGUGAAGUGAGCGAUACGUCGGCAGCUAUUGCUUAUUUGGCUAGUGAUGCAGCGUCCUUCUUAACUGGGGUAUUGCUGCCAGUUGAUGGUGGAUCGUUGUUAGUAAGAAGUUUUGAUUUGCAAAAGAUCCUGGCAUCUGACGAAUAAUCGUACAUGGGAAAAAGGAAUUUAGAAACGAUCAGUCGACUCGACACUCUAUACAAUAAUUUUUUCGUUGUGGUGGCAGUCCUUUUAUUUUAAAGCGGAAAUUGUAAAUUUUGUCGUUUGCAUUGCUUUGAAUAAAAAUUCCUUUCUUAAAC